AUGGCGCCCGCGGUAACUAUCGCCCUCGGUGGUAUAGCAGCUACUUACCUGUUUCUUCGCUUUCUCCUGUACCUAACCCAGGAUGCCAGGGAACCACCAGCUAUCGAGACAGAAAUUCCCUUUUUUGGCCCCCUGAUUGGAAUGUUUAGAGAGAAGUCACACUUCUAUCUUCGAUUGAGGGACACGUACAAGCUUCCAAUAUACACCCUUCGCAUGCCCUUUUCACGGAUGUACAUCGUGAACGCCACCGGACUUAUCCCCGAACUACAGAAACAAUGGCGUACUAUUAGCUUUGCCGCGAUCGCAGCCGAUGCAGGAAAUCUAGUCGGGAUGAGCAAGGAGGCUAUCAAGACGAUGCAUCAGGACCUAACAAGUGAAAAUGGCUUCAGUGCUAGCUGGCCCAAGUAUAUCACGCCUGUGAUGGGACCUGGAGCAGACCUCGAUGCAAUAAAUAGGAGGUCGAUCGAGGUCUUUUCAACUGACAUGGAAAACUUGCGAGCACAAGGAACCGUGCAAGUAGGUCUGUGGCAGUGGUCACGUCGAAUCAUGGUUGAAUCCACGACAGAGGCAGUCUGGGGGCCACAGAACCCAUAUCGGGAUCCGGCCAUUGCCGAAGCCUGGAAGACAUUUGAGGCAGGCUUCUUGACUCUCUCGGUCUUUCCUUUCGCCUCAUUACUUUUUCCCAAACUUGUUCAGGCACGUGAGCUUGUGGCCGAUGCCAUGCUUAAUUACAUGCGCAAGGGCGGACAUGAAAAGGCCUCUGGCCUGGUGCGCAAACGCCUUGAACAUCAUCAACAACUUUUUGGCCUUAGUCUUGAAGACGUGGCACGAGGGGAGCUUGGGAACACCUUUGCAGUGCUGGGAAAUACGACCCCUUGUGCUCUAUGGGUCCUCUACCACAUCUUUUCAGACGAGCAAGUAUUAACUGAUAUCCGCCGAGAGGUUUCUGCCCUAGUACAUGAGGAGGAAGAUGAAGAAAAUGGAAUCAUUAACACAGUUGACUUGGCUGGCAUUCGUGAAUCCUGCCCUAUACUUCUAAGCACCUUUCAAGAAACACUACGUCACCGUGCCGUGAACCCAGGCCCACGUGUGCUUCUUGAGGAUGUCCUCUUAGAUGGACGCAUUCUUCUUAAGAAAGGCAGCAUGCUCAUGAUUCCGGCACCGGUGCAGCAUACGGAUACCGCUGCGUGGGGUGAAGAUGCUAGGGAGUUCGAUCAUUUACGUUUUGUGCGUAAACUAGCCCCCGGACACAAGAAACCGAACAGAGUAGCAUUCCGCGCAUUCGGUGGCGGUCACGUACUUUGUCCCGGUCGUCAUUUUGCAAGCACUGAGAUAAUGGCACUUGCAACACUACUAGUACUUCAAUUUGACGUCACGCCUGUUACUGGUAGGUGGGAUGAACCCACGUGGGAAAAUUCGCCGGUCCAAGCGGGCUUUCCCGUCCCGGAUGAGGAUAUCAACGUCGAGCUUCGACCUAGAGACCCGGCAAGGAAGUGGCAUGUUAAAUUUACAGGGUCAGAUAAGGCCAUGGGUAUUGUAGCUGAAGAUAGCAUUCCCGACAAGAGUAGUAUUUAA